AGCGAGCGAGAGCACCAAGGCAACGUGGUGUGCGCCGGAUAAGCACCGUCUAGUACCGCGCACGCCCGAUCGAACGUUCUCGUGCGACUUCGUGCCUAUUCGGUUUUGUUCGUAAUACGUCGACCUACCUCGGUUAAGUUCGAUCGUAUUCGUGCGCGCUCGCCAGUCGAACGAGCGGCUGCGACUCUGUACGGUGCCGUGAGUCACGGUCUGGGGUCAGUUCACCGUACGAUCGUUGCUCCGAAAGGGAGGACGCGCGCGCGUGUGUUACUGUGCGAUCACGUGAAAGAGAAGAACCGAGAGCUAUUUUCUUUCUCUUUUUUCUUCUUUCUUUCAGUGCAUCAUUUCUUUUUCUCUCUCGCAUUGUGCCGGUUAUUCGUACAACCUCGAAGUUGUUCUAUUUUAUCUACGCCUCGCUACUAAUUUCCUACUCCGUCCAUUGUUUUCUUUUUUUUUCUCAUUUUAUUUUUCUCGUUCUAUCACGUUUAUCCCAGAUUGUCGUCUCUUCCGAUCGUAGUCGUUAAUAAUUCGCGUCUAUCUUCGUAUACGUAAGAACGCGUUACUCGGUACGCGUCGUCGUCGUCGUCGUCGUCGUCGUCGUCGUCGUCGUCGUCGUGGUGUCGUCAUUUAUAUUUUUCUCGAAAGGAAUAUAACAGUGCGAAUUAAAAGAGAGCUCGCUUUUUUAUACAUUGCCCGUAAUACGGAAAAGAAAAGGGAAGCUUUUUUUACGAGUUUCGUCGCGUUGGAUGACCCAUGUGUUAUGAUAGAAGUGUUGAAAAGUGUUGAAGAAGAAAGGAAAGAUAGAAAGGAGGAAAAACGUGAAUAAUUACGUCGAAUAAGUAGGAUAAGAUUUUCUACGUGUUUCCUCGAGGGAUAAUGUUCAACCUUUUCGACCGGAGGGACGUUGGGCUACCAAGGAGUGAGACGAGAAUUAGCGAGGAGCGUAGGAACGCGUGACAGGGCUGGGCGAGGUUCGAGGAGGCCGCCUCCUCGCCAGAAUCCCCGGGUAUAGCGGAGGAGGAGGAAGAGGAGGAGGAGGAGGAGGAGGAGGAGGAGGAGGAGGUGGCGGUGGUAGUGGUGGCGGUGGUGGUGUUGGUGGUGGUAGUGGUGGUGGCGAUCGUGGUGGAGAAGGAGGAGAAGAAAUAAGGCUCGCGAAGGAUCGCGGUAGCCAGGAUAUAAUAGAUAGUAGAAUAGAAUGCUAGUCUUCCCGGGCGGCGGUGUCGAUGUCGGCGUCGUCGUCGCCGUCGCGACGGCGGCUUCAUCGAGGACGAUGGAAUCGUUGGUAUCAGUGUCGGGUAAACAGAUACGUUUGUUUUUGACGAUUUUGAUGAUCUUGGUACCGCGAUUGCCGUCCGCGGGUUCAACGCCGGCCGAUAUAGUGCAGAGGUUUCAUGACAGCGAAGUCGAGCGUAUGAAUCAUUUAGUGGUUGACAAAAACACCGGUAGGGUUUACGUUGGUGCAGUUAAUCGUUUGUAUCAACUAUCGCCGGACUUAAAUCCGGUUGUUAAGGUUGUGACAGGACCGCAAGGUGACUCGACGGUCUGCUCGAUGAUCGACUGUCCCCGAGAGACUCAAAAGAAACCGGUGGACAACGUGAACAAGGCACUGGUGAUAGAUUAUACGACGACGCGUUUAAUAUCAUGCGGGAUAUUGUUUCAAGGAAUGUGUACCGUACGUAAUCUUCACAAUAUUUCCGACGUUGUACAGGAGGUACGCGAGGCAGUAGUCGCGAACAAUCCAACGGCCUCUACGGUUGCUUUCAUAGCCCCUGGACCGCCAAAUCCACCGGUAUCGCAGGUCAUGUACGUCGGGGUUACUUUCACCGGUAAUUCACCUUAUAGAUCGGAAGUACCUGCCGUUAGUUCGAGGUCAUUGGACAAGGACAAGAUGUUGAACAUAGCCGAAGCUGCGGUCACGACCGGCACAAGGAUGUACGUUAAUUCGCUCUCGCGCGAACGUUAUCCGAUAAAUUACAUCUACGGGUUCAGCAGUGGCGGCUUCAGUUAUUUUCUGACUACCCAAAUGAAGAACACCGAUACCGCGAUCUACAUAUCGAAGCUCGUUCGCGUUUGCCACGACGACGAGCAUUAUUAUUCUUAUUCGGAGAUACCGAUCAACUGUACCAGCGACGUUAAGAUCUAUAAUCUGGUACAGGCCGCUUACGUCGGUAAAGCUGGUUCCGUUUUGGCCGGCGAUCUCGGUAUAACAGCGCAGGACGAUGUCCUAUUCGCCGUUUUCGCUGAGGGCAACGUAACGAGCAGCGACGUACCUAAACCCGUCUCGGCUCUCUGCGUUUAUUCCCUCAAAGCCAUAAGGAGGAAGUUCAUGACCAAUAUACAGAAGUGUUUCACCGGCGAGGGACAACGCGGCUUGGAGUUUAUCUCGCCGAGUCACAAGUGCAUAUCAACGAAAUUACAAACUAUCGGCGAGGAUUUUUGCGGUUUGGACGUGAACACUCCUCUCGGUGGCGAAGAUCCAAUCGCUGCAUUUCCUGUUUUAACUUUCGACACUCUCCUCACGGCAGUAGCUGCUACGUCCACUGGUGAUUACACCGUCGUCUUCCUUGGAACUAACAAGGGCCAUCUUAAAAAGGUGGUGGUGGAAAGUUCGAGUUUAGCCCUUGAGUAUGGCGACCUGGCGAUCGACCCUGAUUCACCCGUGAACCCGGACUUGCUCUUCGACUCGCAACUGAUGCACCUGUACGUACUCACGAGGCAGACAGUCUCGAAGGUCAAAGUGCAAGAGUGUUCGGUUUACAAGACUUGCUGGGAUUGCUUGGGUGCUAAGGAUCCUUACUGCGGUUGGUGUUCCUUGGAAAAUAAGUGCAAUUUACGAAGCGACUGUCAAGACGCCGCUAAGGAUCCACUUUAUUGGAUACCUUACAAAAGUGGUAGAUGUACUACAAUAACAUCGGUAACACCGGAUCAACUUCAACGUACUACAGCAAGAACUUUGGAAUUGGUUAUCGAUAAUCUUCCAACAUUGUCGGGACAAUUUCUUUGUGCAUUCUCAGCAUUGGAUAAGACACUGAUAACUAAUGCAUCGAGAAAACCCUAUGGAGUUAAUUGCACAACACCAAGAACCGAUCUUUUACCAUCCAUACCACCUGGCAAACAUCAUUUUACCGCAAAACUCUCAGUCCGUAUGACCAACGGGCCAGAUCUCGUUGCAACCGAUUUCACCUUUUUCGAUUGCAACACGUACAGCUCUUGCACCCAAUGCGUAUCCUCGGAUUUCCCUUGCGACUGGUGCGUGGACGGACACAGAUGUACACACGAUACGGCUGAAAAUUGUCGUAACGAUAUACUCGUCACUGGUGUCAACCGAAUGGGACCGAGUUAUAGAAGUGGACCAGGCUUUUGUCCGACUAUCAAUUCUACGGAUUCGCAAGAGAUCCUUGUGUCUUCUGGUAUUAAGAAAGCAAUACGAGUGAAAGUGCAUAUCAUAGGGCAAUUCAUCAUACAAACACGAUUCGUCUGUCAGUUCAAUAUCGAGGGUCGUGUGACCAGUGUAAACGCGAGACUUUUGGCUGACACAAUCUACUGCGAUGAGACAGAAUUUUCUUACACGUCUCGUGCACCGAAUAUCACUGUACCAUUCGCAGUAAUCUGGGGUGGCUCGAAACCUUUGGAUAAUCCGGACAAUAUCCACUUGGUGAUAUACAGAUGUCGUGAUAUGGCGGACAACUGUGGUAUGUGUUUAGCUCUGGCACAGAAAUAUGGCUGCGGAUGGUGUCAGAGUUCGGAUAAAUGCGAGGUCAAGGAUCAGUGCGAUCGUGGUUCAGGUCCGUGGCUGGAUAGAAAUCAAACUUGUCCAAAUCCAGAGAUACAUAAGUUCGAACCACAAAUGGGACCAUGGGAGGGUAACACCAAUAUCACGAUAAGUGGUAUAAAUCUUGGCAAAACGUUCAAGGACAUCUACGGUGGAGUGACGGUAGCAGGAAUAGUAUGUCAACCGUAUUUCGAACUAUACAUUCGUACGAAACAGAUAGUUUGUCGCGUCGAUGGUCCGGGUGACUUAAAAGAUAGACGUGGUCCUGUGAUCGUCAAGAUCGAAAAUUUCCAUGGUCAAUCGGAGACCGACUACGAGUUCGUAGAUCCAAAAAUAAUUUCUAUAUCACCUAAAUAUGGGCCAUUGAGCGGUGGAACGGUAAUCAAAAUAACUGGACAAUAUAUGAACGCUGGUAGCAAGAUUCGUGCUUACAUCGACAAGCUUCCUUGUUCGAUAAUAAGCGCGGAACCUAACGAAGCCCUUUGCGUGACCAGUGCCAGCGACAGGAAGAGAAGCGGCACGUUGAACAUGACCUUUGACGGUGGUCAUCGUCUUUACGAUGGUUUCUUCGAGUACGUAGAUGAUCCAACGAUCAAAAGCGUGGAGAGCGGUGUGGCAAGUCAGGUAAAGAUACCCAAGGGUAUACCAGCCGGUGGUAUAAAGAUCUCGGUAACUGGAAAAAAUCUGGGGUACAUUCAGAGCCCGCAAAUGUACGUCUAUUACGACGAGAAGAUGUUCGUGUCGGAAUGCAAGGUGAUCAGUCAAGAAAGUAUGAUAUGCAAGUCACCUACGAUCGAAGUCCCUGAAAACGUGAUGCUCGAUGCUGAGAAACCUCACCCGUUGGAAUACGGUUUUCGAAUGGAUAACGUAACCGGCGUACAGAAUCUCACACUGCACGGUUUCAAUGCAUUCCUACUCUAUCCAAAUCCGAUUUACGAUGUCUUCGAUGAGGAGGUGAAGUACUACAAGAGUGAUUACCUGACGAUCAACGGUCAACAUCUGGAUCGAGCUUGUCAAGAGUCCGACGUGGUCGUACAAAUUGGUAAUGCCUUCUGCAACGUAACCUCCUUGUCAAGGCAACAAUUGACCUGUCGGCCACCAUUGACCCAACCACCGGCACUAGAUUCCGAAGGACUUCCUAACAAGCAAGAAUUGCCAGAGGUGAUAGUGAUCGUAGGCGGUACGCUUCGUUAUACAAUUGGAAAGCUCAGUUACGCUUUACCAGCUGGCUUGAAUGGUCCGUUAUCGAAGCCAGCGCUUAUCGGUGUAAUAGCCGCUAUUGUUAUAUUAGUAUUCGUCUUCAUCGCAUUCCUUAUAGCUUAUAGACGAAAAUCAACGGAAAGUAACAGAGUAUUGAAGAACAUGCAAGAACAAAUGGACAUCUUAGAGUUACGCGUAGCUGCCGAAUGCAAAGAGGCUUUCGCCGAAUUACAAACGGAGAUGACCGAUCUUACCGGUGAUUUAACGAGCGGUGGUAUACCGUUCCUCGAUUAUCGCACUUAUGCGAUGAUGAUACUCUUCCCAAGUGACGACAAUAGUCCGGUACUUCAAUGGGACAGACCUGAGUUGGCACGCAAAGAGAAAGGUUUGCGUUUGUUUGGUCAAUUGAUCAUGAACAAAACCUUUCUCUUACUUUUCGUUAGAACAUUGGAAAGUAAUCGUUACUUCUCGAUGAGGGACCGAGUCAACGUGGCCAGUCUCAUCAUGGUUACUCUUCAAAGCAAAAUGGAAUAUUGCACGGAUAUUCUAAAAACACUUUUAGCCGAUCUAAUCGAGAAGUGUACGGAAGGAAAGAGUCAUCCGAAAUUGUUUUUGAGAAGAACGGAAAGCGUCGCAGAGAAAAUGUUGUCAGCUUGGUUCACCUUCCUACUCUACAAAUUUAUGCGCGAAUGUGCUGGCGAGCCAUUGUACGUACUCUUCAGAGCAGUAAAACAGCAGGUCGACAAAGGUCCGGUUGAUGCGAUCACGUCCGAGGCACGUUACUCCUUGUCCGAAGAGAAAUUGAUCAGACAGUCUAUCGACUUUAAACCGAUGACCGUUUACGUCUCCAUAUCGCAACAAACUGCUUACGUCGGUGGAAUCGAUCCAAAUACGGAGAACGUACCUGUUAAGGUUCUCGACUGCGACACGAUAUCUCAAGUUAAGGAGAAGGCAUUGGAUACCAUUUACAGAGCUACGCCUUACAGCCAAAGACCCAGGAAGGAUGAUUUAGAUCUUGAAUGGCGAACCGGAGCAUCUGGUAGAUUGAUCCUUUAUGACGAGGACACAACAACAAAGACGGAAGGAGAAUGGAAAAAACGAAAUACUUUGAAUCAUUACAGGGUACCGGACUCAGCCUCGCUAAAUUUAGUAUCUAAGCAAUCCUCCAUCUACAAUCUAUCGAUCUUAUCUGAAAAAACGGACAAAUCUCACAAAUACGAAACAUUGAAUCUGAGUAAAUUCAGUUCGGCCAGUCCGCCAUUGUCACGUGCGACAUCGCCAUUGAAUCAAAAUCACGACGGUGGUAUGAAAUGUUGGCAUCUUGUUAAACAUCACGAUACUGAUGCUAGGAAAGAGGGUGAUCGUGGUAACAAAAUGGUCUCUGAAAUCUAUCUAACGAGGUUACUCGCUACCAAGGGUACACUUCAAAAAUUCGUCGACGAUUUAUUCGAGACAAUAUUUAGCACUGCCCAUCGAGGUUCGGCGCUUCCUCUUGCUAUUAAAUAUAUGUUCGACUUUAUGGACGACCAAGCGCUACAACAUGGCAUAUCCGACCCCGAAGUGGUCCAUACAUGGAAAAGUAAUUCGUUGCCCCUAAGGUUUUGGGUUAAUCUUAUUAAAAAUCCAAAUUUCAUCUUCGACAUACACAAGUCGAAUAUCGUCGACUCGUGUCUAUCCGUCGUGGCACAGACGUUCAUGGAUAGUUGUUCCACGUCGGAUCAUAGAUUAGGUAAGGACUCACCGAGUUCGAAGUUGCUUUAUGCGAAAGACAUUCCAGUGUACAAAGAAUGGGUAGAACGUUACUACUCGGAUAUCAAAGUCAUGCCAGCCAUAUCCGAUCAAGACAUGAACGCUAUGCUUGCCGAAGAAUCGAGGUUACAUACAACGGAAUUCAACACGAAUUGUGCCCUAUACGAACUUUACACAUACGCGGGUAAAUACAACGAACAGCUGAUAGUUACUUUGGAGGAGGACGAGUUUUCGCAGAAGCAAAGAUUAGCGUACAAACUCGAGCAGGUCCAUAACAUAAUGGCGGCGGACAACCCCUGAUGUACCAUGAACUCGAUGAAGCAUACGUCGAAGCCCGCUCGUCAGGAGUUACCUUGCUGAACGCGCACGAAAUGAUUAGCCGAGUGUUUCUCCUAACAUAGAGAACAAGAAAGAAAUAAAGGAAGAAAGGAAGAAAAGAAGAAAAGAAGUAGAGAAAAAACGAAAGAGAAAUAAAAUAAAGAAGAAGAGGAAGAAAAGGUGGACGAGGGUGGUGUAGGGGUGGAAGAAAAAAAAAUAGAAUUUAUCGAUAAGGAUCGAAAGAAGAACUGGCCUACAGUAACGCGAGAUCGAUCGAUCGAUCGAUCGUCCCUCGAAUUUUCUUCGUGCGAACGGCCAUUAUUAAGCUUUUGCGGAAGAAAACGAUACGGGUUUUUACGAUCGACAGAAAAAAAAUCGCGAACUAUACGAACGCUUAAGUUCGAGAAACUUUCAAAUGCAACUGCCACGGCAACAACAACAACAACAACAACAAAUAAUAAUAAUAAUAAUAAUAAUAUUAAUAAUAAUAUUAAUAAUAAUAAUAAUAAUAAAUAAUAAUAAUAAUAAUAAUAAUAAUAAUAAUAAUAAUAAUAAUAAUAAUAUUAAUAAUAUUAAUAAUAUUAAAAUAAUAAAAAAGGGACAGAUAGAGAUAGAGAGAGAAAGAGAGGGAGAGAGAGAAAAGUGAUGUUCUACGAUAAGAUAAUUAAAAAAAAAAUAUCUUCUGCAAGAAAGAAGAUGAUAAAAAUAACGAUGACGAUAAUGAAGAAGAAGAAGAAGAAGAAGAAGAAGAAGAAGAUAAAAGUAAAAAAACAAGAAUGAAAAGAAAAGAAAAUGGUCGCCAAUCGAAUGAUGUGCGCGUGUGUGCGACGAUUGAUCGACGUAUGCCUUCGCGUUGCUAACUGUACAUAUAAAACGAAAAAUAAAAUAACCAAAAUUACGAUUAAUCGUUUAUAUAUAAAUAUAUAUAUAUAUAUACACAUAUACAUACAUAUAUAUAUAUUUAUUUAUUUAUAUAUACAUAUAUAUGUAUGUAUGUAUACAUAUAUAUAUAUAUAUUAUAUAUUAUAUAUAGUAAUCGUAAAUCGAUGUGCGCGUUUCUCGCAUCUUUAAAGCGGCGACCGAGAUGCGAUGUGUUGUGUUGACGAAAAAAAAAAAAUUUUCGAAAGAAGAAGAUGAAGAAGGAGAAGAAGAGGAGGAGAAGGAGAAGGAGGAGGAGGAGGAGAAGGAGGAGGAAGAGGAGAAGGGGAAGAAAAAAUCUUUAAUGAAAAAAGAAGAAGAAGAAGAAGAAGAAACGUGUUCUUCUUUUACGAUCACUCAUUGGUCCCCAAUAGUGGCGUGGACCAUCGAUUAGGAUUUUAAACGAACGUAAAAUAAAUAAAUAAAUAAAUGAAUGAAUAAAUAAAUAAUUAAAUAAAUAAAUAAAAUAAAAUAAAAUAAAUAAAUAAAUAAAUAAAUAGACAGUUUAGCGAUUAAGCGUGCGAACGAAUCCGCCGAUCGAUUCGAUCGAUUAACUAUAUUUGUAAAUGUGUUUAAAAACCGCGCGCGCCCGUCGACCAAUCAAUUCCGUUCGAUAAUCGGAAUUGGUCGAUGAUUUUUAAACGAAAGAAGAAAGAAACAUUUCCAUCCACCGCUAUAAACAAACAAAAAAAAAAAGAAAAGAAAAGAAAAGAAAAGAAAAAAGGGUUGAGAAGAUGAAAAAAAAAGGCAACAAAGCUAGCUGAAAAAUGAUAAUUACUUCAUUUUUUCUUUUUCUUUUUUUUUCUGCGUUCGCCAAUUCUUUUCUUUUUUAUUUCCACAUUUUUUUGUUCUUCCUUAUUCUUCUUUCCAAUUUUUUUCUUUUUCAUUGUAAAUUAUCGUAAAUAACGAAGCGAUACGAAUUUUAAGGUCUAGUACGAUAAUAAUAUUAAUUAAUUUCAUUCAUUAAUUCAUUCAUUAACUAUUAAUGGUAUAUAUAUAAAAAUAUACAUAUGGAAGUAAACAAGAAGGAGAAAAAAAAUGAAGAAGAAGAGGAAGAAGGUGGUGAAGAAGAAGUAGAAGGAGAAGAAUUGAAAAGAGGAAAAAAAAAGGAAGGGAAGAAAAGAAACAAACAAAUAAACAAACAAACAAACAAACAAACAAAACAAAACAAAAUAAAACAAAACAAAAACUGACGAUUAAUUAAUCGAUAUGGGUAUAUAAUAUAUAUAUAUAUAUACAUUGGAUGGUAUGUCGUAUGUAUAUGUGUACAUAUAUACACUUUGUACUGGCGCGAGCGUGCGUGUACGUAUACGCAGUAUCCGUGAGAGAGAAAGAGAGAGCGAGAGCGAAAAAAAGAGAGAGAGAGAGAGAGAGAGAUGAGGGAGAAAAACGUGCGUACGUGUCGUUUGCAUAUGAUAAUUCUUCUUAUAUCGAACCAAACAAAAACAAAAACAAAGUAAAAUACAAAUCAAGAAAAAAGAAAGAAAAACAUGCCAUACUUCGCGUACGCACGUGUCGCGUAUUAUUUAUACUCACAUGCAUUCGAUAAUGAGAGUGAAUGUGACACACAGAGAGAGAGAGAGAGAGAGAGAGAAAGAGAAAGAGAGAGGUAGAAUAAGAGAGAGAGAGAGAGAGAGAUAAAAAGAAAAAUCAAGAAAAAACGAGAAGCAGAAUGCACUGGUUUGCGUAGAAUGAAAAACAGACGGAAAAAAGAUAAAGAGAAAAAUAAAAAAAUAAAAGGAGAUGAGAUAUGUCGUCCGCUAAUUAACGGAAAGAUGGACUGUGUAUUAGUUAGUAAGUAUUAAUCUAAUGGAAUAUGGCCGUGCGCGAGGCCAGCUCGAUGUGACGGUUGUGUUGAGUGUGCGUGCUUCCCCUCCCUUCCUAACCCCUCUAUCACCCCCACCAGCCUUAUAGCAUCUCUCCCUUCCUUUGUCACCAAGUUCAUCGUUCCAUUUUCUCAUUAAUCGUUCGUUCGUUCCCUUCUCCGCAUCGUUGUACUCCUUACCCCUAUUUUAUCAAUGCAUUGUACAACGCAUCUAUACUUACAUGGACAAAUAUGUAACUACGUAAGUACAUACAUACGUAAAGAGUCAAAAAAGUAUCUUAUUUCCAAAUCAAUCAAUCAACUAUACAUUCCCUCUCACCUUCCUUUAAAUUUUAAACAAUAUCAUUGAUAUCAUUCGAGAGAUAAAGAAAUAAAAGAUACACACAUAUUUACUUUUCUCUUCGCUCUAUUUCUUCAUCUCGAGUAUCUUGUCAAUAUCUCUCGUUUCUUAUCUCUCUCUCUCUCUCUCUCUCUCUCUCUCUCUCUCUCGCAUUCUCUCUCUCUCUCUCUCUCUCUCUCUCUCUCUCUUUCUCUCUUUCUCUCUCAUAAAUCGCUCAUACAUAUAUGUUUCCUCGCCGUUAAGAAAAGCGUCAACGUUUUCUCUCUUUCAUCUCCCACUCCAUUUUGGAUCGCGUCGUGCUACUUAGCACACCUCUACCCCUUCCCCUCCCCCUUAAAUCCAUAUCCAUCCAUUAAUCCAUCCAACCAUCCAUUCAUCCAAAUCUUUAUUCCCCUUUAUAUUCUACCCAAAUCAACACCAACAGCCUUCCUCUGUUCCUACCCUCGUCUAUUAUUCCUACUCCCCACUCCCACCCCCUUGUAAUGCUUCAACGCCUCCGUCGUCAUGUUGUUGUCACUCUUAAUUAUUGUAAUAUAUAAUGAAUAACGAUCACUGUUGAGUAUUGUCUGAUUGUAAUACAUUGAUAUUGAAUUGAUAUGAAUUGAUAAUCAUUAAUUAAAAAAAAAGAAAAAAAAAAAAGCGUAAUAUUAAACUCUGUGGAU